UUCUACUAUUCUCUCUGUAUCAUUGGUUAUGACUGCUAAAGGGAUACCUUUCCACAGUAGAAUGGAAAACAUUUAUUCUUUUGCUUUGUGAAUCUUGAAAGUUGUCAUUCCUAUUCUGAGAUGUUUGUGCUAGCUAAUUGGAUGUUAUUGCUCUUCUAUAUAUUAUUUUCUCCUACAUGCUUCUAGUUUCAUGUUCUUUUAUUAAAUUGACAUAUACCAUUGUGUUGAUUCCAAGAAAAAUUUGCCAUUCUUUCUUUUGCCCCUUUCUUCUUUUUUCUGGUUUUUAAAAUUUUUAGUAGUGAUAUAUAACCUAGCAUUGAGUUAAAUCAUAAUAAAAGUCCAAGUGGGAUUUCUUUUUUGAUUCGGUUCUGAAUUAAAUUGAAUGGAAAACGCUUGUUAUUUAGAAUUCUACUUUCAGAUUAUUAAUUGGACUAGAAUAAUAAUACAACAGCAUGGGGUUGUGGCUUAGUCUGUCUGUUGAUGUAUACCACAAACUUAUUUCCUUGAAAAUCAUGCUAAAAAUAGUGAGGACGAUGUGAAGGCUAAAUGAGCACUAUGGAUUAACAGCACGUGAAUGUGAUAGGAAACACCUCUUCAAGCUGUGAAAAUCUCCAUAUUGAUGAAUCCAGUCACUGGUAGCUCAGAUAUGGUGCAUCAUGAUGGGGAUAGAAAAAUUUCAGAGGGAAAAUUGCACCUGCAAUGGAAGGAACAAGACUCUAAUAUGCAGUAUGGUUUGACUAAUCAUAGCAUUUUAAUUAAUUGAGUGAUGUGGACUCUUUUUGUCCACUAAUUAGUAAUUUCCUGAAUGACUAUGAUUUACCCUUACUUUAGAGAACUUUAUGCCUGGCCUUGCUUCCCAUCCCGGUAAUAUAUCAUAAACUUAAAAGAUUGGAAAAAUAUCAUUUAAUUGGACAAACUUAAUUAAAAAGUUGCAGUUACAUUCUUAGAAGAAAAAUUCUAUCCCAGUAACUCUGCCCAUUCAUACUUAUAUUCAAAUUCCAUUAUCUCUUCAGCUUGCCUUUUGAGGUUGAACAAGAGCUGUAAAAAAAUAAUGCAAGGUGAGUUCUACGGCUUCCACUCUUUCCUCAGGUAUAGCAUGACAAAUGGGGCUUACUCUUAGAUAUUCUGUAAGACUUUAUUCCCUUAACUUUCCCUACCCAUUGCACCAAUUAAAAUGUUGAUUUGAGGAUAUUCUGAGGUGCGUUUCUUGAAGGUUUAGCAUUUUUUUUUGGGGGAAAUUGAUGAGAUUCUGGACAGCAAUGAUGGGGGUAAGGGGAGUGUUAAUUCAAUGGGAGGAUGGAUGUUUUGUGCUUUAAAAUUGAAUUGUUUCUAUGAACUUUUGAAUAUUGGUGUUGGAGUUUUGUUCUGCAGAGGUCAAGAUUUUGUGCCAAUAGCUGUUCUAGUUGUGGUGCAAUUCUCUCUUGUAGCUAUGCUUUUUGUGUUGGCUAAUUAGAGUGGCAAUCAAGUAAUGAAUUGUGUCCUCAUGCAUUUGUCAUGGAUGCAUUAAACAUUGCUGUGUUAUUUUGCCAAAUUUGGGACUUUUUUUGUAACUAAGGAUUGGUGAUUUUUCAUGUACAAGUGUUACUGAAUUAUUAUUAUGGCCUGUGGAUAACUGAUGCUUGAUGUCCCUUUUAUACUUAUGAAUGAUAAUUGGUGAUGAAGUUUCUGUAUAAGCUCAUGGAUGUAUUACAUUAUUCGAGGGUGGAUGUUUGUGUCUUCUGGCUCAAGAUUCUGUCAAGAAACUUUGGUCCCCAUCCUAGAAAAAUUUAAUCAAUGCUUGGGUCCUUGUUUCCACUUGUGUUUGGUCCUAAAAUACUUCAUAAUGAUUCUGUUUCUAUCCCAAAGCAGUGGGUUCAAGAACUUAGAAGUAGAGUUUUAUGAUCUUAAUAGGAAGUCAAUAGGUCAAAUUUGGUUCGGGAUGAUUUGGACCAUAAUUUCCAUGGUUUUUGAAUGCUCUAACUCAUUGAAAUUUCCUUUUAAUAGUUUGGUUAGGUUUAAAAAUGGUUAAAGUAUCUAAACAAUAACUCAAGGGGCAAUGUUUACCAAAAAAUUAGUUAACUAGGCAGUUUUAGAAAUCAGUGCAUUUGAGGGCAAAAUGGUAAGUUUGGGCAUCAAGUUUGGCAGAUAAUUAGAUCUCAUACAGUGGUUUUAGUAUACCAAAUUUGGUGGGAAUCCAAUUAGAAUAAGGUCUCCAAAUAACCUCCCAAUAUUCAAGUCAACCCGAAUAUCAGAAAAUUGUAUCUUGCAUUCUUGCUGACAUUUUUCUGAUCGACAAUAAUGUGUUAAAAUUUUAUACUUUUUAGGUGUUAUCUAGCUGUGAAAUUUUAUGGUAUAUAAUAGGCAUGUUUUACUUCAAAAUAGGCCUAACUUUGUUCGAAUUGGAGCUAUAUAGCUCAAACUAUGAAUUUCCAAAUUUAUUGUGAAAAAUCAUAAUUUUUGCUGCCAAAUAGCUCAAGAAUGAACUUUGAUUAAUUUUCUGUACUAAUGUAGACCUGAUGUGCCUUUGAAACUUUUUUGUUUCCCCAAUACUUACGUCUAUUAUAUCUAGUAAAAAUUUGGCAAAUUUUACAGCUCAUUUGGUUUGGUAAUUGUAGGCUUUUUUAGGGUAUGUUCAUGGUUGCUGAGAUGCUGUUGUAGGAAUUGAUAUGAUUAAUAAUCAGGCUCUCUUUAUGUGCAUGGUAUAAUUGUUUUAAAGAGGACAAUGAUAGGUGUGCUGUGUUAAGGUUCGGCAAGUUCUUCAGAGGCUGAAAAGGUUCUGGAAGUUGUUGAUGAGAUUCUAGUAUUCACAAGAAAAUCUUUGGAAGGACGGGAAACUCUUUUAAUACUUGUUCUAUCUAGUCUCUCAUGGCAUUACUGUCAAGUCUAAUAAGGACUCCUCAAUUUAAUGGUACACUCUUCAAGCCUGGUGCUCUUUGCUCACUCGUAUCCUUCAAAAUCAUCUAUUAUUCAACCACUUACUGUCAUAUUCAGUCUGUUGAACCCUCACGUUGCUCUCCUGCCAGUGCCAAAGAUGUCGUGGAUUCCCUUAUUUCCAUCUUUACUAAACAAUCAUUGACACGCUACAGUCCUAGAUUAAAUCAGCUUGCACCUAGAAUCACCACUCAAGUAGUCGAAUCUGUACUGAAAGGUCUCAAGAGUUGGAAAAUGGCUGUGAUGUUUUUCAACUGGGCCUCAAAUCAACCUGGGUAUAAGCAUAAUUGCUACACGUACAAUGCCAUGGCAUCUAUCUUAUCUGGUUCACAUCAGAUUUAUCCUCUAAAAGUCUUGAUUAAGGACAUCGUGAAUUCACAUUGUUCAUUUACCCCUGGUGCAUUGGGUUUCUUGAUUAGGUGUUUGGGGAGUGUUGGAUUGGUCCAGGAAGCUAGUGAAUUGUUUGAUGAAAUCAGGAUGAUGGGUCUUUGUCUUCACAAUAUUUAUAGCUACAAUUGUCUGCUGGAAGUUAUAGCCAAGUCUGGCUCAAUAGAUAUGAUGGAAAUGAGAUUGAAAGAGAUGAACAAGUUGGGGUGGCAAUUUGAUAAGCACACAUUGACCCCAAUCAUGCAAGCAUAUUGCAAUUAUGGGAGGUUCGAAGAAGCUUUGAAUGUUUAUAAUACAAUGCAUGAGAAGGGUUGGGUGGAUGCACACAUUUACUCUAUGCUGAUAGUUUCUUUUAGUAAACGGGGCAAGUUGGAUAAAGCAUUUGAGUUUUUGGAGAGAAUGGAAAGCCUAGAUAUCAAAUUGAAUGAGAAGACGUUUUGCAUUUUGAUUCAUGGGUUUGUGAAAGAGUCCCAUGUGGAUAAGGCCCUCCAAUUGUUUGGUAAAAUGCAGAAAGCUGGUUUCAUUGCUGCUGUUUCUGUUUAUGAUGCUCUGAUUGGAGGACUAUGCAGGAAUAAAGAGAUUGACAAAGCUUUAUGCUUGUACUCAGAAAUGAAGGAACUUGGUAUUCAACCUGAUGUUGGAAUCCUUACCAAAUUGUUAUCAUGUUCUCCAGACAAAAGUAUAAUUAUGAAAUUACUUGAAGAAAUUCCUGAGGAUGUGAAUAAUGAAACUGUUCUUUUGUUAUUUAACGCUGCUUUAAAUGGUUACUCAAGUAAUGGGUUGAUGGAUGAAGCUUAUCAUCUUCUUCAAACAAUGAUUUGCAACAUGUCCAAAGUGAAGAGAAUGAUUUUUCCUAAUUCCACUUCCUUUAGUAUUGUUAUUGAUGGCUUGCUCAAAAAGGGUAGGUCGGACCUUGCCUUGGGCCUCUUCAAUGAUAUGAAAAGAAUUGUUUGUAAACCAAAUAUAUUAAUCUAUAACAAUUUGAUUGAUGAACUAUGCAAGGUCGACAGAUUGGAUGAAAGUUUUAAGCUUUUGAGAGAGAUGAAAGAUUCAGGAGUGGAACCAACUCAUUUUACCUACAAUUCUAUAUAUGGAUGCAUCUGUCGAAGAAAAGAUGUAUUGGGAGCCAUCGCUAUAUUGAGGGAGAUGCGUGCUUGCGGGCACGAUCCCUGGAUAAAAUACACUACUCUUCUUGUGAAGGGGCUUUGUGCACACAAGAGAUCACUGGAAGCAUGCUACUUUCUUAGCAACAUGGUUCAAGUAGGUUUCCUUCCUGAUAUAGUACCCUACACUGCAGCCAUACAGGGUUUGUUCAGCAUUCAUGAAGUUGAUAAAGCAUUGGAGUUAUUUAGGAAUUGGUGUUCUCAUGGCUACAGCCCUGAUUUGAUUGCUUUUAACAUAUUGAUAAAUGGUCUCUGCAAGCUAAACAAACUAACAGAGGUUGAAAGUUUUCUGAAUGAGAUUGCUAAGAGAGGUCUUUGUCCUUCUGUUGCUACCUACAACAUGCUAAUAGACAGUUACUGCAAAAAUGGAUAUAUUGAUGAGGCUAUGCUGCUUUUUUCCAGGAUGUCAGGAGAAGGCAGGGAGCCCAAUGUUAUUACAUACACAACUAUAAUGGAUGGGUUAUGUAAAGCAGGAAAGCCUAAUGAUGCUCUCGUGGUCUGGAAUGAAAUGGAAAGAAAAGGCUGUAGGCCAAAUAGAAUAGCUUUUAUGGCACUUGUUCAUGGUCUUUGCAACUGCCGUAAGCCCACUGCAGCCCUCCAAUAUUUUCGUGAGAUGAAGCAGAAAAAUUUGGUGGCUGACCAGUAUAUUCAUAUGGCAUUGCUAAGUGCUUUACUGUCUGAUCUAAAUUUUCCUGCAGCAUUUGAGAUUUUGAGAGAGAUAAUUGGCAAAGGACUUUUCCCCCAAUCACAUGAUGAAAGCUAUUUGAUUGUAAGAGACGCAGUACAUAAAUUAUCUAUGGAUGAGGGAACAUCCUCUGGCAUUCAAGCUCUUAUUGAAGAAGGAAAAAUUCCAACAUCUUGUCUUUCAGUUGUUGGAAAUGAAGGUGUACCUUAGCUCAUUGUUAAAACAAAAAGAAGUUGGUAUUUUUCAGGCUCUGGCUAUGAGCUCAAGGAAGUAUUUGUGUAUCAAGUUCUUGGAUUUGGAAUGGAGACUAUCGUACACAACUACACAUCUAUGAUGCUUCCUUGAUGGUGUGCCCACUAACAUUUAAAUUCAGAGUCUGGAUCUUAGUGGCUCACAUGUUUCGAAAUCUCAAUACUGGUGGGUUGUAAGUAUCUUCAAUCUUGGAGGCAAGCUAAUUUUCCUAGCAACACUAUCGUAGGUCACAGUACGAAGGAAGAAUGAAGUGUGUGCAAACAAGUAUCAAUUGGUCUCAAUGGGAAGCUAGAGGACGCCAUUUUAGAGAUGUCAAAAGGGUACAAAAUAUCCCUGAGGCAUGAUACACUUAUCAAAGAGGAAGAGUGGAAGAUUGGAAGCUUGUAGAGAAUUCUAGAAUGUGAUGCAACUUGACCUACUUGGUAGUCUUCUAGAAGAGCUACUUGAUCAUCCACUUGCACAUAGAUUGUAUCCCCUUUCCCUCCAAAAAGUAACUACCUUUCUCACCAAUUGCUUGAAGUUUCAGCCACUUGGAUAUUUUCACUCUAGACUCACGUCUUUUACUCAUUCAUUCGCAACUCUUCUCUAACUCUCUCGCAUCUCAACCAAAUCACAUAAUCUUUACAUCAUUCUUCUUCUCUCAACAUUUUCGUCCAAUCCCUUUCAUCUUCUCUUGGAUCUGUGGCUUGGAUUGACAUUGGAAUGGCUCUUGAGUUCAUGACCUUGGAGGAGGACUUGAAGGGUUUGAAGACGGAGAUUGAAGGCUAGAUCAUCUUAGUUCCAAGGAGCAAUGGAGGAGACUUGAGUUCAAGGAUCUAUAUUGGACUAGGACUUUCUAAUCUCUCUCUUCUUUCAAUCUCUCUGUAUUGAUUCAAUGGUUGAGUUGAUAUGUUAGAUUGAAUUCUGCCUAGUGAAAAAUAUUGUAUUAGAAGGUUGGAUUGUAGGAUUGAGAUUUGUUUUUUGAUUUUCAUUUAUGGGUUUUGGCCUUGAAGGCUUGAAUGGAAUAAAAUUGGUGUUUGAUUCAUCUUA